CUCGCGUAGCACUGUUGGGGAAAGAGAAUGAGAGGGAAGGAGGGGUGAAGACUCAACUUCUGUCAACAGAAGGAAACGCUUUCUUUUUAUGCCAGUAACAAAACUCUCGGCCUGUUUUCGUACUCUGGUCAGAUGAUCGUCUCUGGACUUUAUCUGUGAUUAACAAUAUCUAAUGGGAUUAAAGAGGCUCAAGUUACCGAUGCGUACAAGCGAACUGUCGAAGUCCGUUAUAUUAAACUGUGUCAAACAUUUAAGAGAACGCCUAAACUAACUUUUUGAAGGAUGGGGCAUAAUUUUAUAUUAGUUCGACGAUUUGAGAUCCGCGCGUUCAGCUGAAGAAAAACGAAUGGAAGAAUGGAAAUACUUAUUUAGGAUAAUAUCUUAACUAGCUAACGUUAGUUGUGUAGUUGUUUUUAGAGAUGUGCUAUUCUUGCAUAUCCGUUUGCCACGUUUGAAGACUCGAACGAUUCGAAACCGUCGUUUCCUUUAAAGAAGGCCAACUCGUAUAUUAUCCUUCACAUGUGUGGGUUUCCCCUCAAACUAGACCAUGAGUCAUUUUGACUGGCUUAAAUGCUGUUGAAGUUGACCAGAAGGAUAAAUCCACCCAUUACAGAAUGCUGGUGUGAGGGUACUGAAUAUGGCAUCGGCGAUUUUUGAGGGCACAUCCCUGGUGAACAUGUUCGUCAAGGAUUGUUGGGUUAACGGGAUACGCAGGCUCAUCAUUAGAGGAGAGGAAGAGGAGUUCUUUGAAAUAAGGACUGAAUGGUCGGACAGAAAUAUACUCUACUUGCACAGAAGCUCCUCAGAUUUGGGAAAACUUUUAAAAAGACUGGUGGAGUCUUUCCCUGAAGACGGAGAUUUAUUAAAGUCCCCACUGAUAAAAGGGCUUGUCAAGAUUAAAGAAGCAAGAGACAUUGAGACAAAGCUAAAUGAAGUGGAGCGACUGCUGAAGAAUGCUAUUAACAUGCCCUGGAAGUUUUCUAGGUCAGAAGUUGUCUUAACAUUCUUUGAACGCUCGCAGCUUGACCAGGUCCUGAGGAACGACAAUGUCCACAAAAUUCAGCCAUGCUUUCAAAGUCCAGUUAAGAUUUCAGAGAUCAUGAGGUCUAAUGGGUUUUGCCUGGCAAACACAGAGACCAUUGUGUUUGAUGAGAGUAUUCCACUGGACAAAGAGAGACCCUCCUCCACUGACUCAGCCCAGCACUCCAGUGGAGACAUUAGCACAGAAGGAAGAGAGGAGUGACUGAUACACAUUAAGGUCAGUAGUAUUUUUGGAUUUGGACAAUGUGUGAUGCGUGGUUUGCGAGUUCUCUUCAUACGAGGAGGGGUUAACAUGAGGGCUGCCGUGACCGAUGCCACAGUAUACUAACCUUUUUUAUACCCGUUGGAAAAAACGGAAAUUGAAUUCAGCUGAAUAGACUUGAAGUGACUGUUUAUCACAACAAAGGUCACACAACACUGACAACGUAUGCGAUAGAGUACUAGACCAAACACCGCAAAUCUCAACACAGUAAACAAACAAGCGUUUCCAAAAAUUGACAACUGCGCUCAACACUUAUAUAGAAUAAAAUGUCUACCGAUCUUUUGUAUCACUGUCUUUGUCCAUAAAGCUACACCACAUGUUUUAUUAACAAUAUUUUUCUAUAUGGCAGGAAAUGUUUAAUGUUGCACAUUGCAUUCUGGGCUUAUCUGUUUGCCCGUGUAAUGCCGAGCCAACAGAGGUAGCCCUCACCCAAGUACUGACUGUGUUCCACUUCCUCUACUUCAUUUAUGCUCAUUUUCUGUUUGGUUGCUUUAUUGUCAGAGACUGUGCUCAUACUGAUUGCGAAGUAUUGCCAGUUAAAGGGGGGGGGGUGAAAUGCUAUUUCAUGCAUACUGAGUUUUUUACACUGUUCUACACAUGGACAAAGUUUCAAAAUUUAGUUGUACGUUUGAAAGAGUAUUUCUUUUCCAAAAAUACUCCUUCCGGUUUGUCACAAGUUUCGGAAAGUUGUUUUCGAGUAUGGCUCUGUGUGACAUUAGAUGGAGCGGAAUUUCCUUAUAUGGGUCCUAAGGGCACUUCUGCCGGAAGAGCGUGCGCUCCCGUAUAGUAGAACACUAAGAGCACAACAGACAUUCACUGAUCAGAGCGAGAGCGUCGCGAAAUGUCAUAAAAGAAGUGUGUUUUUGAUUACCAGGGCAAGACAACCCUGCACAGAUUACCAAAAGAAAAACAGCAUUAAGGGACCAGUGGAUAGAGUUUAUUUUUACAGAGCAUCAACGGAGUUGUGCAAGUGUUUGUGUUUGUUCCCCUGCAUUUCGAAGAUGCUUGUUUUACAAACAAGGCCCAGUUUGAUGCCAGAUUUGCACAUCGUUUAUUUCUUAAGGAUAAUGCAGUCCCAACGAAAAAGGGUCACGAUCGUGUGUUGGAACCGCAGGCGGUGAGUAAAACUGCUUCAAAUAUCCCUGUGUUGUUAACUUAGCUAUCGGCGCGUAAGCACAUCAAGUAAACAACAUGCGAUGUUGUCAUCAAACUGCACAAGUAAAACUGCUUCAAAUAUCUCUGUGUUGUUAACUUAGCUAUCGCAUAGCUGUCAACAUUGAACAUUGAAAAUAAGGGACAUUUCCCGGAAUCCAUCCCCAAAAUAAGGGAUUUUUUUUUUACACGAUUCUUAUCCACAAACUUAAAAAAAAAGCACUAAUCAUUAACAGUCUAAAGAGUUUAUAACUACACAAUAUAUAUUAAAGUAUGACAGACCAAUUGAUAUGUUAAAAGUGAUUUAUUUAUGAACAAGGUAAUAUUAAUAAUAAUUUAAUAUUAAUAAUAAUUUCGUGCUGAGAAACGUCGUUUUUCCCGACAACGACAAAUUUUGCAGUAGGCAUAAUUUGGACCUACAUGGCUGCUUGUCAGGUAGUGGAAGGUGGACUCCCAUUUACUCAAAUAUCGACAUAAUUUUGGUUGGCGAUUAAUUCAGUGAUUUUGGCAUUCGGCGUCCUAAUCCAUCAUCGCACAUCACACUCAUCUACUCUCUCGAAGUUCACUUCCCGCUACUUUUCCCCUCUUCCUCCCGCCCGCUGGCGCCGCUGUAACUGUCUUCUUCUUCGAUGGUGGCCUAAGCUACUGCCACCUGCUGUACUGGAGGUCAAGCAACCCAAGUGCAAGCCACUUCACAGACACAGAUAGAUGCGUGUUCUGAGUUAACCCAUAGUGUAAAAUUACGGGAUAUUUUACGGGAAAAUACUAAAACGGGAAGACAGCGGGAAAAGACCUAAAAUACGUGAGAAACCUGGAAAAAACGGGAGGGUUGACAGCUAUGAGCUAUCGGCGCGUAAACACAUCAAGUAAACAACAUGCGAUGUUGUCAUCAAACUGCACUUUCCACAUGUACACCUUAAAAAAAAAAAAAAAAAAAAGACGACAUAAAGUGGAACUUAGUCAUUUUCCAAAACCGCUAAGCAAAUAUAUACAGUUUCAAUACAUAACACAUAGAGACGUCGUUGCUGCUGCUGCUCUUGUUAAAUUUCAGCCUCUGGAUCUGAUUCUGGAUCAUAAAUAUAUGGCUGAAUCUGACUGUUAGCCAUGGUUUGUUUUGAAUGAUGUUUUUUUCCUCACGGUAAUGUCACAGCUUCCAAACGCUCUCAACGCAAAAGCCUACUCGCGCCCGUGAUUCUUUAGCUCCUCCCACACGUCACGCCUCCAGGCGCUCGUGUUUUUCCGGGAAAAAACGGUACAGACUAUCUUUCUCUUAUAAAUAUAAUAAAACUAAAGACUUUUUGGAGUUAUGAAGGAUGCAGUACUACUCUAUAGGUACUCAAGAUUAACAGGAUAUUGAGUGAAAACGAGCAUUUCACCCCCCAUUUAAGCUAGAUAGUGGAAACACGCCUAAUGAUACACUAUCUAGCCCUUUUCACACUGCGAUUCCAGACAAUACAAGGGUAAUGUGUCCCGGUACUUGUUCCUGGGUCGCUACAUUUUGCACUUUCACACUGCCAGUGAUUACCCAGAAUAUGUGUGUGCAUUCACACACAACCCGUAAUGGUCCCAUAAAGACACCUGACAUCAGGGUGUGACUUGUAAUGUAUGUGUCGAAAACGCUAUGCACUUUAACUUUCACUGAAGCUGGCGAAUGAUCUCAGCUUCAGCGCGGAAAGUGAGGAACUCUGCUUCGUUACAGUUUGCACAUAUUUGCACGCUUUAUGGCAUUAGUUCUUGCUUUUGUUUACACAGCGCUCAUUCCGGGACUGAACCUGGCAAUGUUAGUAGGUCCCCGACCCGGGAUCAAUCCCAGAAUCAAUCCCGAAACGUGUUUGCUUUAACACAGAAGGCGACCCGGCAAUGUACCGGCAAUUUUUCGGGUCCAACGUGCAGUGUGAAAGGGGCUUCAGAUAACACUAGUUUUAUUGCCGAAAAGAAUGCGGGCAGGGCAACACUCACGUCAUGUCCCCUUAGAAGAGACAC